AUGUACGCGGGGCUCCUGGGGCUCUCUGCCCUGCUGCAGGCGGCCGAGCAAAGCGCGCGCCUCUGCACCAUCGCUUACUACUUUGCUGCAGGUCAUCUCCUCUGGGGUUGGCUGACCCUCUCUGUUCUCCUGCCCGGCUUCUUGGUCCAGGCCCUGAGCUAUCUGUGGUUCCAAGCAGAUGGGCAUCAGGGUCACUGGUGGCUGGUGUUGCUGCAUCUUCUGCAGCUUGGCGUCUGGAAGCGGCACUGGGACUCUGCGGCAGCCGCUCUGUGGAGGGGAAAGGAGGCUCCCUGCUUGGGACAACUGCACUUGCAGGAGGCUGACCUGUCAGCUCUCAGGCUCCUGGAGGCUCUGCUCCAGACAGGGCCCCACCUCUUGCUUCAGAUGUAUGUGUUCCUAGCCUCUGACUUCACUGAUAUUGUGCCAGGCAUCAGCACCCUACUUUCCUGGUCUUCACUGUCCUGGGCCCUUGUGUCAUACAACCGUUUCCUGGGCAUCAAGAAGCCAGGCCACCGCACGAUAUGGGCUGCUCUCCUAUGCCAGCAGCUCUGGCGGAUGGGGAUGUUGGGAGCCCGUGUGCUGAGCCUGGUUCUGUUCUGCAGAGUUUACCGUGUUUGGGUGUUGGUGGUUGGAGGCGCUCACUGGCUGGUGAUGACCUUCUGGCUUGUAGCCCAGCAGAGCGACAUCGUGGAAAGCACCUGCCACUGGAGGCUGUUCAACCUGCUGGUGGGGGCCGUGUACAUCCUCUGCUACAUCAACUUCUGGGACAGCCCUUCCAGAAGCAGAAUGGCCAGCUUCUACUUGGUCAUGCUGCUGGAGAACUCCAUCCUCUUACUAUUGGCCACUGACUUCCUGCAGGGGAACAACCUAUGGACUGUGGUGGGAGUCUUGUCUGGAUUUCUGAUUGGCAGCGUCUCACUGGUUAUUUAUUAUAGCCUGCUACAUCCAAAAUCCCCAGACAUCCAGCAGAACUUCAUGAGGAAAUGCUGCGGCCCCACAGAGAAUGACAGAGCUGAAUCAGAGCCUUCUCCCAGGGCCAUGGUUCCAGCAGGGGAGAGGCCAGAAAGCUCAAGCUGGUGCCAAGAGGAAAGCCAUGAGCUAACCAGUCUCGAUAAGGCCCCCAGCCCAGAGCAGAAUACUACAGAGGUAGGGCUGGGGGACCAGAGAUCGGGGGAGUAUUCCUUCUUCAAUCACCACCACUGGCUGUUGGUGAAACUUGCUCUCAAGACCGGAAAUGUAUCUAAGAUCAACGCAGCCCUCGGAGGGGACAGCCCUGGCUGCUCCUGUCCCCCUGUGUUGGGGGAGAGUCAACACUGUAAUCUGCAGAGGAAGCCCCUGUUUUCCCAGCAAGACCUCCCAUCCUCCCCUGGCGACCCUUCAACCUUGGAGAAAGGCCCUGAGGACGCAGGUGCUCCGAGAGCAGAGAUGGAGUCAUUGGAAACUUCAAGCUUUGUCUCCUUUGCCAGCGAGCAUGAGAACAGUUCAACAGCCCAGAAGCCACCAGCUGCACAGGAGGGGGACAGCCCAGAGGACAGGACUGAGCCCGACCUUGAAGCUCGGGAGAAGGAUACAGAUGGGCCUCUGAAAAGGGAGGAAGGACAGGCGAGCACAACACUGUACUUCAGUACCACCAUGGACAGGACCACGUCCUCCUACCAAAAGGGCAGCCCAGUGGCUCUGCGGGCAUCCCACUCGGGGACACUGAGAGAGAGCAGGCCUGUGCAGCCUGAUUUGCCUCAAGCAGUCACUAAGCCCUUUCCUGUUACCAUGGCCAACAUUAGUCCCAUUCCAGGCAGAGUCUCGGGCAGAAACUUCUGCCCCAGUGUAGGCCUCCCUGGAGGAGCCCCAGAUAGUUCAGAGUGUGAGGAGUGGAGGGAGCCUGCCAAGGACCUCAGUCUACAGAGGGCGUUGCCAGUGAUGAGACCUGCUGAAGAGCCCUGCUUCACGUCUACCCCUAAGUCGGAGUCUAUCCAGAGGGACUAUAGUUUCAGGGACAGGAAGAAACAGGAGGUGAGUUUUUUCAUCUGACCUUAGCCAUGGUGGAACGGGUCAACACAUCAGACUGGAUGUUCAGCGUCAUGGAAAGAGAAACUCCACGCCUGACACCUGUGUCCUUCCACUUCUGAUCUCUACCCACAUAUUUGGAAAGAUGAGGGAAAAGGAUUGGAUGAUGUCUAAAAUCUCCCCUACACAUCGCACAUGGUACUUAUGCACAGAGGAGAUUCCAGUGACACGGGGAGAGGUAAAGGGACUUCCGGUUCCUUUCAUGAGUCCAGUUCCAUCCUGGAUACUUUAUCAUUAGCUGUUCUUCACAUGGGAUAGUCAUGAAUCACUUUUUUAAAA